GUUUGAAAAAAGUCGGUAUGUCAAAGAAUGUGUGCUGGGAAAUGAGGGAAGUCUUAAAUUCAGAGAUUUGUGAAUGGAGUUUGGCGCGAGGCUCUCUGCGCACGGGCGAGAGCGGAGCGUGUCAGGACAACAUCCUCCUGAUAAGCCUCUAACCGCUGGCAUCUGUGCCCAGCUCUGCGUGGCUGUAUACUGCAGUCAUAAAGUUACUGAUUUGGUAUUUUUGCGAUUUCCAAAUUGGCAUGAGUCAACCUCUGAAACGUGCCCUGCGCUUCAAAUGGCGACUGACGAGAAAUACCUCGUUUUAUUCCCCGAAAACAGUCCCAUUACAGGUCAGAAGAGAGGAGCCGGUAACCCGCCGCGGUCUGCCCUCCUGCAAGGUGGUGAUUAUGCGGCCGGGACGGCGUCUGUAGCCCGGCUUUAACAGAUCUCGGGCCAGGCUUUGGGGGCGCAUUCCUUGGAGGUUGUUUUGUUUCUAGACCGUGAUGGAGCCCCGAGGAGCCGCCACCGACGACCUCCUGCAGCGUCCCUGGCUUCCUGUGAGCAUCAGCGGCUGCCAGUUCCUCGCCAAGAGCUGGUUUGGGGACACGGCGUACCACAUCCUGCUGACAGACAUUCACUGUGUGUGGGAGGAGAGCAUGGACUCAGCAGCCAUUCAGAAGAGAGCGCAGGAGCUGAACCGACGAUUGCGAGCGCCGGUCAAAGCUUUCUUCUCCCACCUGUGCGAGGUGGUUCAGCCCUGUCUGGCAGGAAGUGACGGGGGACCCGACGGCGACGCACAGAUCUCCCUGACGCGUCAGGAGGACGGAAACGUCAGCAUGAAGCUGAAGAGUGAGCUGGCGGGGCUGCCCUUCUACUGGGAGUUCCACUGCACCCCCGCCCCCGUCACAGUGGCGUGUGUCCAGCUGGUGCGCCCCCUGCUGGUGAUGAGCCACCUGCUACAGCGACAGGUGGAGCAGCUCGGAGGUCUGCUGGGGAGGAAGGACGCAGAGAUCCAGGACUACAGGGAGAACGGGGCCACGCUCAGCAGAGAGCGGCUGCAGACAGACGUCUUCGAGGAGCAAACCUACAGAGAGGGCUUCAUGUCAAAGGCUCUUCCUCUGCUGUGUUCCCAACAGUCGGACGCUCUGAGCUUCAACGCCGACCUCCAACACCUCUACGCAGCCAUCGUUGCCCACGGCAACACGCGGAAACGCAAACUGUCUGAGGAGUGCCCUGUUGAGGAGGAACAGCCGCCUGCCGAGGAAUCACACGUCACCUCGUCUUCAGCUGGAUCUGUCGUCAGCAGUGAAGCAGGUGAGGACCGGCAGGUGGACGCAGCUGGAGCCAAAAUGGCCGACACACCCACAGUAAAACAGUCUGUCCCAGUCAGGUCGGACCCUGCUGAGCGACCGUCUUCCAAACCAAAGAAGAAGAAAGUGGGUCUGUUCAGAUGAGCCCGGGCAGUAGGGUCGCACACACCCACCACCAUUCAGAACCUCACUGGGAAAAGUGCUUUUUUAACCCAUUUAUUUAAAAAUGGGCUCAUCUUUAAAACUUUUUUUAUUCUUAAACUUUUAUUUUGAAAAGAAAAAAAAGCUUUUAUAGUUUAGGACACAUGAGCUGGUUUUAAUUAGGGUUUAGAUUAGCUGACGUAGAAGGUUUUAUGGGUUAAACGUUAAUUAAAUCAUAAUAAUAAAUAUGUUUUUUUUAUAUCUGGAUUCUGUUGGAUUUUAGAGGAGUCAAGCAAUUUGUGAAUUAAAGAUGUAAAUAUAAUUUUGAUGGCUAUUUUUGUCGGUUAUUAAUAAAAUCAACUAAAAUCAA